AUGCAUGCAACACAGGGCAGGCUCUGUGCAGAGGAGCGCUUGGGCAUCAGAGAAAGCCUCAUACAAGAGGUGACAGUGGAAAGGAGUCAAAUUUUAAAGAAUGAUUUCUGCAAGACCGUAGAGUGGAUUCUUGGAGCACUUAAUAUUUUGCCGGAGAGUCUAAAGGGGACUGGAUUCCUGCUGGUGGAACACACUGCAAGCCAGAGUAGCCUGAACAAGAUGACAACCAUCUCCCCAGACCCUCACACUCUGGUCUCAAGUGAACAAAACAGGAUCCUAAGAAUGGAGACCCCUGGGGAUCAGGAAGCUCUCCUAAGGGGAGACACUGCUGACCCAGAGUCUUUCAGACAGAGGUUCAGGUGGUUUUGUUACUCCGAAGAGGCUGGACCCAGAAAAGCCCUGAAUCAACUGUGGGAGCUCUGCAUUCAGUGGCUGAGACCAGACAUCCACACGAAAGAACAGAUUCUAGAGCUUUUGGUGUUUGAGCAGUUCCUGACCAUUUUGCCUGGGGAGAUCAGGAUUUGGGUCAAGUCCCAACAUCCUGAGAGUAGUGAGGAGGUGGUGACCCUAGUAGAGGAUUUGACCCAAGUGCUUGAAGGAACGGAAGAUAUGAUCUCUCAAGAUUCUGUUAUUUCCCAAGAGGAGAACCCUGAAGAAGAUAAAACAGUUUCUGUUCUUCCAAAUACUGAGUCCCGGGAAUCCAUGACACUCAAGGAUGUAGCUGUGACCUUUUCCAGAGGAGAGUGGAGGAAGCUGGAGCCUUCUCAGAAGGAGAUAUAUAAGGAAGUGCUGCUGGAGAACUAUAGGAACCUAGAAUUUCUGGGCUUUCCAGUUUCCAAGUUAGAUUUGAUUUCCCAGAUAAAGUGGGCUGGACUACCACGGCUGCUGCAGAAAGAAAUCUCAAAAGGCUCCAGACCAGGUGAGUUGAUGAAAAGUAGAGGAGGAAAUUAAAACAGUUGCUUACCAAGUCAUUUGAAAGAAGUUUUGAAAUGUUGGGCGACCUAGGUGCUAAUAUUGAAAGAUGAUUAGAAUAUCUGUCUUGCCUUCCUGGAAUAUUCAUUUUAACAGGAGAG